GAGGUGGUGCGGAACUCAUGUUCGAUGGUGUCAAAAAGCAUCAGGUGACUCUGCCCUGCCAGCCGGAGCCUUGGGAUGUCAGAAACCUGCUACAGUGGAUCAAACAGAAUCUCUUGAAAGAACGACCAGAAUUAUUUAUGCAAGGGGAAUCUGUGAGGCCAGGAAUUUUGGUGCUCAUCAACGACGCAGACUGGGAACUAAUGGGUGAGCUGGAUUAUAAACUCCAGGACCAGGAUAAUGUGCUUUUCAUCUCCACAUUGCACGGCGGGUGAGCUCCUGAAAAAACAAGAGGAUGUAAAUCCAAAUCCUGGGGAAAAAAAAAAA